AUGGGCAAAGGCGUGGUGCAAAUUUUGAAUCUGGGCGCGCAGCUUCCACCGCGUGUCGCCCAGCCCGCCAAAGAACUCGUCCGUGUACGAGCCCUCAGUGGCGCGCAUAGCCAGGUCCCUAAACUCGGUAGCCACGCUGAUGAGGUACGACCGCAUGUCCUCGAUGCUGGACCGGGCCAUCCCCAGCUGCUUGAGCGCCAGCUCCCUCUUCUCGAGGUUCGCCUGCAAAUCCGUGACGAGGCCCGGCAGGGUCUCCCGGAUGUGGUCGAGGAGAAUUUUGCGAAGCUUCCUCCGCAGCGCGGCCACGCCCUUGUCCCGCUCUUGCAGAUCGCUCCACGCACCCCGACGGAGGAACUCGGCCUCUUGCGCGUCGCGCUCCCCGUACCCCAUCCCCGCCUCGCUUUCCUUGCGGUUGCGCAAGACGUGCCAGCCUAG